AAAUUAUUUUGACGGUCGUCAUAACCUUAAAAAUAUCACGUGUGUGACUUUGUUUUUGUUUUAAUUUCCUUUUUUUCAAUGAAAAAAUCAGAUUAAAUAACGAUAUUUAUAUAAAUAGGAAAUAAAAAACAGAAAAAAUGGGAAAAAAUAAUAGGCACAUAAAAAAUUUAAAAUCCGAAAAGGCAAAAAUAAAAUUGAAAACAAGUAAAAAAUCCCGACAAUUGCCAAAGGGACAAAAUGUCACGAACACGAGUUUUAAGUCGAAAAAAAUUGUUAUUCAAGAACAAUUAAAACAACAAGAUUCAUCGGAAAUUGUCAGUCGACGAAAAUUAAAUGUCAAGGAACUAUUGACGAGGCUACAACAUUACAAUUCAACAGUACGUCAGGAUGCAGUACGUGAAUUAAAAGAAAUUCUCAAUCUUCAUUCAAAUGAAAUAUUACGUGUCUAUUUAAAUUCCCUACUACAGGGAAUUUGUGCCUUAACACUUGAUCGUGAACGUGCAAUAAGACGUGAAUCACUUAAAGUUUUAUCAAUAAUAUUAAGUCCAAUUUCACGUGAACAAUUAACACCAUUCAUUGAUAUUUUAUUAUCAUAUUUAAAUUGUUGUAUGACACAUAUUAAUCCAAAUAUUAAAGAAGAUUCCCUUUUAUUUCUCGAUGUAUUAAUAAAAAAUUGUGGUAAUUAUUUAGCACAAAAAUGGCGUAAAAUAUUACCAAAUUUUUUGGAAAUGAUAUCAAAAUUAAAUAUUGAAUCAUCACCUGGCCGACAAUUAUUAAUAAAUUUAAAUUCCCAAAAUACAAGUUCAAAAUGGCGUAUAAAAGUACUUACAAGUCUUGUAAAAAUACUUACUGGUUUAUUGCAAAAUUUACGUGCGAAAAAAUUAAAUUUAACAACAAAUAUAAAAACAAUUAAUGCAACUGAUAAAAUUAAUUAUGCACCAAUUUAUUCAUUAAAUUUACAAAUAUGUGAAUUAAAUUUAACAAAUGAAAAUAAUUUUGAUGAAUUAAAUUCAUUUGAUUUGGAGAAAUAUAUUAAUUCACUGUGGCCAUUAUUAUUUGAUAGUUGGUUAGAAAUUUAUCCAAAUUGUAAUGAUAAAUUAAAAAUUAAUGAUUCAACAAUUAAUAAUGAAGCGGGAGAAUUGUUAAAAAAUAUUUUUGAUAUUUUUCAAUUAUUUAUUGAUAUUAUUGAGGAAUUAUUUGAAUAUGAAAGUAAUGAGAAAUUUAUAUUAAUUAAUUUUAAAAUAAAAAUGAAAUUUUAUGAGAAUUUUGUGAAAAAUUUCAUUAAACCAUUUCCAUUUGAGAGAAAAUUAAUUAAUGAAUCAAGAAAUAUGAGACGUAGACAAAAUGAUUUGAAUAUUAUGGAAAAUAAAUUAAUUGAUAAUUGCAAUUGUUUGGAACAAAAUUUAGCAAUUUGUCGUUUAUUCAUUUGGUUCACGACUAUUCAGGAGAAAAAAAAUCGUACGACAAUCGAUAGGGAAUUGUGUGGUGAAAUUUUACAAUUUUUAAAUGAAAAAAUGGAUAAUUGGUCAAAUCGUGAUACAAUUGCAUUAUCACAAUUAUUGAGAACAUUGAGAACAUUAUUUUUGCAAGCAAGCAAAAUAUGGUACCAAAAUCGUUGCUCAUUACGUGAAACAUUGAAAGCAUUAAUUAAUUUAAAUGCAAGGCAAACAAAUAAUAAUAAUAAUGAAAUUCAAUUACAAUGUUUUGCAUUAUUAAGUGAAAUUGCAAUUAAUCAUAAUUUAAAGGAAUUGCAUAGUGAAGUAGAAUUUGUUAAAUUCAUUAAAUCACUUCCAAGUCUUUUACUUAAGGAGACAAUACAAGAUAAUGUUAUACAAACAAUUAAUACAAUUGUUCUUCGUUUUAGAAAAUCAAUUGAAAAUGAUUUAAUUAAAUAUCAGAAGGAAAUUAUUGAAAAUGCGAAAAAAAUUGAAAUUCAUGGAACCGAAGACGAACGCACAUCGCGUCUUAUGAUUCUCAAUCUUUUCUAUUUUAUCGACAAUGAAAUUUAUCAUUAACAAUAAUAAUAAUUUAAUUCUUACCUUUAAUAAUAAAAAAAAAAAAAAAAAAAUUGUAUAUAAAAUUA